UAUCAAUAAAACAAAAAUGAAAAUCAAUGAUGUACCACUUGAACAACCACCGCUGUGAGAGUUAGUCCACCAUAAUGUGGAUGUUCCCGACUCGUCGGCUCGAACAUGAUUGUCUGAUUGUCUCCGAAUGAGAACAUCUGCCUCGCACCAAAAAAGAAAAUAAAACAAAAAUGAUCAUAGUUUAAAUUAAACAAUAAUAUAUCUUAUUUCUUAACUCUCUUUCAUUCUUCUUGUUCAAUCUCUUUGCACCGUCGAUCCCAUCAUUUGGAACGAGCUUGAAAGGAUGGAAGAUGAUGCAGCAGCAAGCAACAAAUGCGAUUCCAGUAGCUGUUGCCCAAUCUGCUUGGGACCAUUUCUUCAACUUUCCUACCUCGACAAAUGUUUUCAUGAGUUUUGCUUCAAUUGCAUUUUGCGUUGGUCCAAGGUGGCUGCUGGAAAGCACCAUUCUCCACCUUCUUCUGUAAAAUGCCCUCUUUGUAAGACAGAAAACGUUUCUAUCAUAUAUGGAGUUGAUGGAAGUUGCUUUCAGCGUCAUUAUUUAAAUACGGAUGUUGAGGAUAGUUUUGUCUUAUCGAGAGCGCACAGAUAUAGAUUGCAAUGCUAUUACACUGAACAAGGUUUCUUGGACGACUUAUUCAAUAUAUCGCAAUACUGGAAAUCUUCUAAGUACUAUCAUCCAAACUGCUGGCUUGAAAGUUGGUUAAGAAGGGAGAUUCAAGCACUUAUCCAGGAGGAGGAUGUUGACAUCAUUGUGCACCAUAUCCUUGGUGUGGUUAAAUCCUUUUCGACUAGGAGAGAGCAGAGACACAUAAAUGAUCCUGAAAAGAAACAGGAGGAGUUCAAGAUGUCAGUCUCUGAAGCAGCAAGGCCUUUUCUCGCAGCAAGAACAGAGAGAUUUGUAUAUGAGAUUCAACUAUUUCUUGCUUCAGGGUUGAACAUUGAAGCUUAUGAUGCAGUUUACAUCCAACGAUUAGGUUGGAGCUCACCUGGGGUAAACACUGAGGUUGAUCAAAGUGAAUUAAUUGAUCGCACAACUGUGAUUCCUUAUCUGUACAUAUUUGAUUAUGACUCUGAUGGAAAUGAGUAGAUUCAUUUUUCUUUUGUUUUCUCCUUUAUUUGUUGUAAUUUUUGGAUGAUGAGAUUGCUCCUGAAUAGCAUAGACAAAAUUAGUCAUAUAUAACAGAUUUCUGGUGAGGAUUGGGAUCCUUGCCAGUUAGUGCGGGGGAUGCAAUUCUCCAUCGAAAGGGUCUAAAGUUGCUAACAUGAACUAUUUUCAUGCUCAGAUUUUAUGCAGUUUUAAAAAGACUUCAGAGGUUUAAUUUUC